CUGUUACGCAGCACUGGCCAACACUCUCCCGCUUUCCCCCAUGUUAAGUUUCCUCGACUUUCUUACCCUCACGCUGUCUCUCGCGCUGAGCCUGGCCAUUAUUGUGCCACUCACUGGCAUUCUGAUACGGUUCAGAGCGAACUACAAUCCCAAAGGUCUACAAUUGGAUCCUGAAGGAGGCGCCCAACCUCAUACGGGACCAGUUAUCAAAUCUUACUUUGGUAUGAUGAAACGAGUGUACCAGAUUGAAGGAUGGCCUGGUCUGUACAAGGGCUUGAUGCCAACUCUCUUGAGCACCUCUGUGGUCACUGUCUUGAUCAUAGUAUUCAUGGACACUCCCAAGCCGCGUCAUGGCACCUAUCACGCUCCCCAAACGGGCGUCCUGGGAACAUUGGUCUACAGCAUCGGAAUGAUGCUCAUUGCCCUGCCAACCGCGAUCAUCACGUAUCGUGCAAUCACCACACCUCACAAGCUGCCUUACCUCAAUGCAGCGAAAUCACUGCGUAUACUUCUCACCCCAACAGAGCGACGUCGUCCCUGGAUCAUCUUUUUCACCCCGGGAUUGCUUGCCGCUGAAGUGUUACACAUUGCUAUUGUGGUUCUCGCGCUUGGUCCGCUUAGGCGCCUUCUCCUUCCGCCCCUCCCAGAAUCAAGCAGCUCUUUCCCUGAUGUUUCGCCGGUCAGACUGGCAAUAUACUUGGUGGUAGUUUUGGUUGCUACCGCCCUGCUUACUCCAUUAGAAGUGAUGGCUACCCGACUGGCUAUACAACGGAAUCAUGCCUCAUCGGAGUAUAAUUCUGUUUCACAAGAAGUUGACGGUGAUGCGGAGGAUGCGGAAGAGUUCUCUGGCGCCGAGGAAGAUGUUAUUGGCCUGCGUAACGAAGGUGAUCCGUACCUUGGUUUGGCGGAUUGCGCCAAGCGCAUCAUCGAUGAAGAAGGUUGGAGCGCGCUCUAUCGUGCCUGGUGGAUCACUCUGCUCGGAACCUUUAGCAGCGGGAUCGCUUACUGAUUAUAUCAGUGUAUGAUUAUUUUUGUAAUCCGACAUCUGCCAGCAGCACAGUUCUAAUAUAUAUUUAUAAUUGCGGAAUGGCAGAAUCAAUGAAGUUUA